AUGCAAAUGAUGCAAUGCAGUCUGCAAUCGACGAAAACAACCGCGGGCGCGCACCUCCAUUUGAUUCAGUCUUCAGUACCAGUGUCGUCGUUUAGGGACGAAUGCGCCGGAAAUGCAAUCGAUUCCAGAUGGGUUUCAAGCGUGGCAUGAAGGCAGGGAGACAUUUACUGGUGCUGGCCAACCAGAUCAAGCUUAGAUGUGCUAAUAAUUUUUUUCCCUUUGUCAUUGCAACGGGGAUGUCGAUUGCAGUGGUCCAUGGAAGGGAUAGUAGCGUAGUCGGCCAAUUAACAUCGUUGACCGGUCAAACCAUAAUGUCAGAAACGGCUUUAGCUGGAGCUCUGUUGAACGUUCGACAGCCCCUCGAACUCGACUUGAAGCUCAGUGAACCACGAAUAAGUUCAAACAUCCACAUUGCUCGAACAAUACAAAGAUUAAUUGAUAUUGAUCUGCCCGACUCAGCGGACCGCGAACGAAGCAGUGGUGCACUGUUCUUGAAGAAGCAUAUCAAGUUGCACUCUUCAAGUUCUAACUGGCUUACCGAUGCUGCAUAUUUGAACCAUGGCUUCGUUCCAUCGUCUCUAAGUCCGUCUGAGUCAGGCUGGGGUCGAUCGGUCGGUACUAAAGUUCUGGAGCGGUCAAACUAUGUCUAUUCGCGCUGGGUGCAAGACGCGACACCCAAAAGUUUUUGA